GUUGUAAUAAACGGGCAACUCAAAUAUAGAAAGCAAUUGUUGCACAAGUCAGGAAAAUGAAAAACGCGGAAUAAAAUUCCUGACUUUGUAACAAACGUGGCCACCCUAACAAGAAUUUCUUUUUUUUACAUUUGUUUUUGUUAUUGACACUUUCUGUUUCAGAUUCACUCGCUUUUAUUGUUGCUUUGUCAUUUCUUCUAGUUACCCACCUAAUCAACCUCAUGCAUAUUUAUUCACAUUCAACUUUUCUUCCUUCUUCAUAAAAUCAAACCAACCAAGAUUCUAAUUCAUUUCAUUUCAUAUCUCAUCUCCAGCGUUGAGAAAGUUACCAUACAGAUAUGACAAUUGGGUUCAUGGAAGUUGUUCUUCUCAAAGCAAAGGGUCUCCAAGAAUCUGAUAUCUUCGCUCGCAUGGAUCCGUAUGUUGUGUUACAAUACAAAAAUCAAGAGAAAAAGAGCAGCGUAGUUCAUGAGGGUGGUAGCAAUCUUGAAUGGAAUGAGAAAUUUAUAUUCAGAGUGGAAUACCCUGGAUCGGGUGACCAAUACAAGCUCAACCUUAAAAUCAUGGACAGAGAUGUUUUUACUGCAGAUGAUUUUGUUGGCCAGGCCAUAAUCUAUGUAAAAGAUUUAUUAGCGGAAGGAACAGAGAAAGGAUCAUCUGUGCUUCGUCCUCGCAAGUAUAGUGUGGUUCGAGCGGACAAUUCUUAUUGCGGUGAGAUCGAAGUUGGUAUAAAUUUCACUAGAAAGGAAGAGGAAUGUAGUGACGGCGAGUUUGGAGGAUGGAAGGAUAGUGAGUAUUAAGUUCAUUGUGCAUCUGAUGUAGGAUUUGGAAUGGAAGAUGAAGAUGAAGACAAACUUAGUACAUUCUGUAUACAUUUGAAUUAAUGUGUAUAGGAGUGAUGAAAGCACUUGAAAUUUAAUUGAGACUAUUGUUAAUGAGUUUCUUCAUUCAAUGUGUAAUCAUGAAAUGAAUUAAUCAUAUGAGCAUUAAUUGAAA